GAAGCGCCAUUCACAAGAUGGUUUAAAAAGGAUGGGCUGCUCUUUUGAGAGUUCAGUCCAGUUCCAACCAGCAAGAUAAGCCUGCAGGCAAGCCAAAGUUUUUCUCUUCAUACAACACUGGGAAUGGAGCCAUCAGAGAAGUAUCUGUUUAAGCACAAAGGAUGCUAUUUUAUUCAAGGUUUUGCUACACCAGAAUACAUAGAUUCUUUGCAGGAUUUUGAAAUCAGAGACAGUGAUGUGUUUAUAGUCUCUUAUCCGAAAUCAGGCACCAGGUGGACACAGCACAUUUUGAGCAUGAUUUGUUAUGAAGGUCAUCGAAAUGGGACUGAAGGCACAGAUCUGUUUGGCAGAGCUCCACAGCUGGAGUACAACAUCCGCAAAAUGGAUAAUGCCAAUCGCCCAUCACCUCGUCAUUUUGCUACACACAUGCACUGUCAAUUUGUGCCAAGGGGUUUGGGUAAUGGGAGAACCAAGGUUAUUUAUGUGGCCAGAAACCCAAAGGAUGUCUUGGUGUCAUUCUACCAUUAUUCCAAAAUUGCUGCCAACAUUGAAGGAAUAGAAGACUUUGACAUUUUCAUGGAGAGGUUUUUGGCUGGUAAAAUGGUAGGUGAUUUAUGGUUAGACCACAUAGAAGGCUGGUGGGCUCAGAAGGACAACUUUAAUAUUCUGUUCCUUAUGUAUGAAGAAAUGAAGAAGAAUCUGAGAAGCUCCAUUCUGAAAAUUUGUAACUUCCUAGGAAAGAGUUUGACUGAAAAAGUACUGGAUGAUAUUUUGGUUAAGGCUUCUUUUGAAAAAAUGAGAACGGAUCCUCGUAUAUGUAUUGCAUAUCCAUUACCUGAGCUCUUAAAUCACAGCAAAGGGCGCUUUCUUCGCAAAGGUACUAUUGGAGACUGGAAAAAUACAAUGACAGUUGCACAAAGUGAAAGGUUUGACAGUGUUUUCAAGGAACGGAUGGAAAAGUUGCCCUUCAAAUUCUGCUGGGAUAUCAAUGACGAAUAACCUGAAUGAGCUUUUCACAUUUGCAUUGCCUACUUUUAAUUUGGUGAAUCUCAGAAUUUUCCAGCUCUGUUUCAAAAUCAUUUUUCAAGAAGUUUCAAGAUACAAUUUUUGUGAUGUAAUGAAAAAUCAAAAUGUGUAGUCCACACACUCCCUUGCCAGAGAAAGAAGAUAUGUGCCACACAGGUGAACAAUAAAGAACAAGUGGUUUAUUUUUCUUAAAUCCACAAUAUAUGUACAAUGUGAUCAGUUGCACCAACUCACACAAUGUUCUUUCAUGAGAGAUCUAAAAUAGUCUUUCCUCUGUCCAUGUGGAUAAAUUCCUUCCAGCAGCUCAUGAAGCAAGAGCACACUUCAGAACUUCUCUCUGUCUCUCAUUCUCUCUCUCUGCUUUUCUCUUCAAAACUCUCUGCACCUGCUUAGCAAAAGCCUGAAAAAAAAUGCAACAGUAUCAAAAACUCCCAGGCUUAACCAGCUCUCCAGACAUGGCUCAACCAAUCAGCUUCAUGCAUCUUAUUUUGCAGUUGACACACAUUAACUGAUUUCUUACAUAUUGUAACAAUUUUACAUACAUUUGUCAUAAUGCCAACAUUAUCAUAGAAUCGUAGAGUUGGAAGAGACCUCACGGGCCAUCCAGUCCAACCCCCUGCAAGAAGCAGGAAAAUCUCAUUCAAAGCACCCCCGACAGAUGGCCAUCCAGCCUCUGCUUAAAAGCCUCCAAAGAAGGAGCCUCCACCACAGUCCGGGGGAGAGAGUUCCACUGCUGAACAGCCCUCACAGUGAGGAAGUUCUUCCUGAUGUUCAGGUGGAAUCUCCUUUCCUGUAGUUUGAAGCCAUUGUUCUGUGUCCUAGUCUGCAGGGCAGCAGAAAACAAGCUUACUCCCUCCUCCCUAUGACUUCCCCUCAUGUAUUUGUAUAUGGCUAUCAUGUCUCCUCUCAGCCGCCUCUUCUGCAGGCUAAACAUACCCAGCUCUUUAAGCCGCUCCUCAUAGGGUUUGUUCUCCAGACCCUUGAUCAUUUUAGUCGCCUUCCUCUGGACGCUUUCUAGCUUGUCAACAUCUCCCUUCAACUGUGGUGCCCAGAAUUGGACACAGUAUUCCAGGUGUAGUCUGACCAAGGCAGAAUAGAGGGGUAACAUGACUUCCCUGGAUCUAGAUGCUAUACCCCUAUUGAUGCAGGCCAGAAUCCCGUUGGCUUUUUUCGCCGCCACAUCACAUUGUAGGCUCAUGUUUAACUUGUUGUCCACGAGGAUUCCAAGGUCUUUUUCACACGUACUGCUGUCGAGCCAGGCAUCAUCCCCCAUUCUGUAUCUUUGCAUUUCAUUUUUUUCUGCCGAAGUGAAGUAUCUUGCAUUUGUCCCUGUUGAACUUCUUUUUGUUAGUUUCGGCCCAUCUCUCUAAUCUGUUAAGAUCGUUUUGAAUUCUGCUCCUGCCUUCUUGAGUGUUAGCUAUCCCUCCCAGUUUGGUGUCAUCUGCAAAUUUUGAAUUUAAUUUCUCAAAAUAUACACAUUAUCAAAAUAUUUUUUUUCUCAUUGAAGCUGGGUGUUGAUUCAUACUUGGGAUGAGAGAAUUCUUUGUCCUAUAUUUUAUCCAAUAUAUUCCUUGAUAUACACAA